UGAAGUAUAGCUUUGCUCCAUGAUGUAUUCCAAAAUUAUCAUCAUUCUUCUUUUCCAUAUCUUUCUUUCUUUACACUUGAAGCCUUCAACUGCACAAACUUGGAUCAAAGCGGGUUACUGGUUCUCCGGCCGCCAGUUCCCCGUUUCAGACAUGAACUCAGCCCUCUUUAGUCACCUUAUUUGCGCUUUUGCAGGUCUAGACUCUUCGUCCUACGAGCUCUCUAUCUCAUCCUCCGAUGAGCCAUACUUCUCCACCUUCACCAACACUGUUAAACAAAAGAACCCAUCAAUCAUCACCCUCCUUUCUAUUGGGGGUGGAAGCGUAGACUAUGCAGUCCUUUCAUUGAUGGUCAACAAGGCUUCCUAUAGAAAAUCCUUCAUCGACUCUUCAAUGAAGAUAGCAAGGCUUUACGGCUUCCAAGGCCUAGACCUUUGUUGGGUUUCAGCAAACACAAGCUCCGACAUGACCAAUAUGGGGUUACUCUUUAAGGAGUGGCGAGCGGCUGCGAAUUCUGAGGCAAAAAACUCUAGCCAGACAGAAUUGAUCUUGACUGCUUCUGUUCAUUACUCACCAGAUGUGGAUAGCGCUUCUUUCCCGGUGGACUCCAUAAGGGAUAACUUGAAUUGGGUUCAUGUCAUGGCCUAUGACUACUAUGGUCCUGAGUGGUCAGACGUUACAGGUGCUUUUGCAGCCUUAUAUGACCCAUCAAGCGAGGCUAGCACGGAUUAUGGCGUUGGUGCAUGGAUUGGUAGGGGCUUGCCUGCUGGAAAGUUGGUCUUGGGCUUGCCUUUCUAUGGCUAUGCGUGGAAGUUAAAGAAUCCCAACAACAAUUCUAUUGGUGCACCGGCUACAGGUCCAGCCAUUACAGAUGAUGGAAGCAUGAGCUAUAAGGAUAUCAAUGCUUACAUUCAAACAAAUGGAGCUGAUGUAAGAUACAAUGCUACAUAUGUAGUGAAAUUCUUCACAGUUGGAUCGGCCUGGGUCUGCUUUGAUGAUGCUGAUGUGGUCAAAAUUAAGGUUUCUUAUGCCAAGCAGAAGAAACUACUUGGUUACUAUGCGUGGCAAGUCUCUCAUGAUGACAAUUGGGAGCUUUCUCUAGCAGCUCAAGAGGAAGGAGAUAAUAUUAAUGGACAACACAAGGGGCGAUUAUUAGUGAUCGUUUUGACUGCAACUGCUACCGUUGUUCUCCUACUGGGGUUUGUCAUCUGUUGCUUACGGAGAAGAAUGUUCAAAUUAAAAGGAAUGGUUGUUACAUCCAAAGAAUCGGAGUCCAAAAUUAAUCAUAUGGAAGCUGCAGGAGAUUUUAAUGGCAAUGUUCCUAAUCUGAAGGUUUUUGUUUUAGCUGACAUUGAGGCAGCUACAGAUAGACUUUCAUUUGAAAAUAAACUUGGAGAGGGAGGUUAUGGUCCUGUUUACAAGGGUGUAUUACCAGAUGGGCAAGAAAUAGCAGUGAAAAAGCUUUCAAAAACAUCUACGCAAGGGUUUGAGGAGUUUAAGAAUGAGGUUAUACUUACUGCAAAACUUCAACAUGUAAACCUUGUGCGGCUUCUGGGAUUUUGCAUUGAGAGGGAUGAAAAAAUGUUGAUCUACGAGUACAUGCCAAAUAAAAGCUUGGACUUCUACCUCUUUGAACCUAUGAGACGGUAUCUAUUGAAUUGGAGAAAACGCAUUGACAUCAUUGAAGGGAUCACUCAGGGGCUUCUAUAUCUCCAAGAAUACUCAAGAACAACAAUUAUUCAUCGAGACUUGAAAGCUAGCAACAUUUUAUUAGAUGACGAGAUGAAACCCAAGAUUUCAGACUUUGGAAUGGCUAGAAUUUUCAAGAAAGAUGAUCAGGAAGCAAACACGGGUCGGAUUGUUGGAACAUACGGUUAUGUUCCUCCUGAGUAUGUUAGAAAAGGAGUGUACUCCACCAAAUCUGAUGUUUAUAGCUUUGGAGUUUUACUUCUACAAAUCAUUAGUGGCAAGAAGACUGCUUGUUAUUAUGGUUUGGAUGAGAACCUAAACAUCCUAGAAUAUGCAUAUGAGCUGUGGAAAGAAGGCAAAGGCAUGGAAUUUAUGGAUUCUACUUUGGAUGACACACUUUCAUCGUGCAAAUUAAUUGCAUGCAUGCAAAUAGCUCUUCUAUGCGUCCAAGAAGACGCUAAUGACAGGCCAUCUAUGUUAGAAGUUUCUUCAAUGCUAAAAAAUGAAAUUGCAGCUCUAACAACUCCAAAAAAGCCAGCUUUUUCAAAGAAAACAGAUGAAGAGGAGAAGAAUAAAUCCACAUUGCAGCCAGAAAUCUGUUCUAAUAAUGAUGCAACAAUCUCUGAACUAGUUGCACGAUGAGCUUG